CAGGCGGGGGACCGGUAUAAAGCAGCAGGCGCCUGUGUCCGCUCCACCUCGUGGGCAGCUCCGGCCCGAGUUUGUUCUGUCCCCUCCCCACCGCUCCGCCACCACCAUGACACCGGACAUCCAGGCCCCUUUCCUCUCCCUGCUGCUGCUGUUCCAAGUGCUUACAGUUGCCAAUGUCACUGUGCUGACAGCCUCUGUCCCCACAAGCCCCAGCAGUACUGUACAAGUUUCCAGUACAAAAAGCAGCCCAACGUCCAGUCCCACUAAGGAAACUUCUUGGAGCACAACCACCACCUUACUAAGAACCGGCAGCCCUGCCCCAACCCUGACUACCUCUCCAGGCCGCGAUGGGGCCUCAUCUCCAACCAGCAGCCCUGCCCCGAGCCCGGCUGCCUCUCCAGGCCACGACGGCGCCUCGACCCCAACCAGCAGCCCUGCCCCGAGCCCGGCUGCCUCUCCAGGCCACGACGGCGCCUCGACCCCAACCAGCAGCCCUGCUCCCGACCCGGCUGCCUCUCCAGACCACGACGGCGCCUCGACCCCAACCAGCAGCCCUGUCCCGAGCCCGGCUGCCUCUCCAGACCACGACGGCGCCUCGACCCCAACCAGCAGCCCUGUCCCGAGCCCGGCUGCCUCUCCAGGCCGCGACGGCGCCUCGACCCCAACCAGCAGCCCUGCCCCGAGCCCGGCUGCCUCUCCAGGCCGCGACGGCGCCUCGACCCCAACCAGCAGCCCUGCCCCGAGCCCGGCUGCCUCUCCAGACCACGACGGCGCCUCAACUGCAAUCAGCAGCCCUGUCCCGAGCCCGGCUGCCUCUCCAGACCACGACGGCGCCUCGACCCCAACCAGCAGCCCUGCCCUGAGCCCGGCUGCCUCUCCAGACCACGAAGGCGCCUCAACUGCAAUCAGCAGCCCUGCCCCGAGCCCGGCUGCCUCUCCAGACCACGACGGCGCCUCGACCCCAACCAGCAGCCCUGCCCCGAGCCCGGCUGCCUCUCCAGACCACGAAGGCGCCUCAACUGCAAUCAGCAGCCCUGUCCCGAGCCCGGCUGCCUCUCCAGACCACGACGGCGCCUCGACCCCAACCAGCAGCCCUGCCCCGAGCCCGGCUGCCUCUCCAGGCCGCGACGGCGCCUCGACCCCAACCAGCAGCCCUGCCCCGAGCCCGGCUGCCUCUCCAGGUCAGCACGCCGCCUCAUCCCCAACCAGCAGUGACAUCUCGUCCGUGACCACCAGCUCUACGUCGAGCUCCAUGGUCACUUCAGCACACAGGGGCACCUCAUCCAGGGCUACCACGACCCCAGUCAGCAAGGGCACUCCAUCCUCAGUCCCCAGCUCUGAAACCGCCCCCACUGCUGCCGGCCACAGCACCAGCCCUCGCACAGCGCUUCCCACCGCCUCCCAUGCUGAGACUUCUCAGCAGCUGUCUGUUCAGGUCUCCCUGUUCUUCCUGUCUUUUCGCAUUAUAAACCUCCAGUUUAACUCUUCCCUGGAAAAUCCCCAAACCAGCUACUAUCAGGAGCUGAAGAGAAGCAUUUUGGAUGUGAUUUUGCAGACUUAUAAACAGAGGGAUUUUCUGGGCCUCUCAGAGAUCAAGUUCAGGCCAGGAUCUGUGGUGGUAGACUUAACUCUGGCCUUCCGAGAGGGCACCACUGCCGAGUUGGUGAAGGCACAGUUCAGUCAGCUUAAAGCACACGCAGCCAAUUAUAGCCUGACCAUCAGUGGAGUUAGUGUGCGCGAUGCCCAGUUUCCUUCCUCUGCCCCGUCUGCAUCUGGGGUGCCUGGCUGGGGCAUUGCCCUGCUGGUGCUGGUCUGCGUUCUGGUUGCGCUGGCCAUCAUCUAUCUCAUUGCCCUGGUUGUGUGUCAGUGCGGACGAAAGAAAUGUGAGCAGCUGGACAUCUUUCCAACCCUAGAUGCCUACCAUCCUAUGAGCGAGUACUCUGCCUACCACACCCAUGGGCGCUUUGUGCCCCCUGGCAGUACCAAACGGAGCCCCUAUGAGGAGGUUUCUGCAGGCAACGGUGGCAGCAACCUCUCUUAUACAAACCUGGCAGCCACUUCCGCGAACUUGUAGGGACACGUCUGCUGAGAGUCCAGCCAGUACUGGCUGCCUCCCUGGAAUUCUUCACUUCUGGGGACCCCCGCCCCCAGCUCUGUUCCGGGCUAGUGAACUGGGCAUUCAGGUGGGCUGCUCACAGCCUCCCUCACAGGACCCAUCAAGUCCCCUAAACCAUCUUAGCCCUGGUGAAGCCCACCUGAGCCCCUGGGGACAUGUCGGAGGCAGCGGCUCCCAGGAAGACUGGCUGGAGUGCUUGGAAACGGGAGUGGGAACGUGAACAUUGCUGAAUAAAACGCGGGCCUCCUCCCCGCCCACUACCAGCUUC